AUGAUGGAUGACCGGAAGAGACAAGCGAUGCCGCCAUCCCCAGCCUACUCUCGUCAGGGCUCCUUGGAGGCGAUUCACGACGCGAAGGAUUAUUGGCAGCCAGAGCCAUUUGACCCUGACCAGAAUCGCGUUUCCCCUCGACACAGCGCGAAUAAUGUAGAACCACCGGUUGUGUCGUAUCGUCGCUUCUCCGAGGACGUCAGCGCAGGCACCAACCCCGGCCUGCCGGAUUGCCCCAUGAAAAAACCGACUAUCGGAUAUACAAACUGGCUCACGCUGCCAAGAUGUGACAACUUCAUUAUCUGCCUCUCCUGCUAUGAGCAGGUCUUCUACCACACUGAGUUCCGCGAUAUGUUUUUCCAGGCACCAUACCGCUCCAGGGACAGAGAGGUUUCAUGCGAUCUUGGGACUUCGCCGUGGUACCGAAUCGCCUGGCUGAUGACACGCAAAUACCGGCGAACUGACCUACGACUGAUCCAGGGUGUUUCAGACGUGCUGUCCAAGGAGAAGGUCCCUUGCCAUGGAAACGCACGAGUCACGCGCAUGUGGUAUUCGAUCAUUGACCCGGACACACGGCGCUGCAUCACCGACUUCCGCGUGUGCACCCCCUGCGCCAAGGCGGUCGAGACGCUGUUCCCGAGCCUGAUGGGCGUCUUCGUCUCCAAGGACCGGCAGGCGGAGCCGAAACCCGGCCGAUGCAGCCUGCAUUUCACGCCGAACCGGACCCGCUUUCUGACGUACUUUGACGUCUUCGAGAAGUGCCACGAUGUCGCAGUGGAGACCAAGUCAGCCCCGGAUGUCCAGCGCCUCGCGGACAACAUUAAUUUCUGGGCCAAGGUGGAGGAAUGCCCCCGUGACGAGCCCCUACGCAACGCCAGGUGGUACACAAUGGCCUCGGUCCCGGAGAUGACGGUUUGCAAAGAGUGCUUCCUAGACGUCGUGUACCCGGAGCUGGUCGCCGAUAUCGACGCUAACACGGUCACUGGCUCUGAGCGGCGGUCGGUCGUCCGGAACUUUUACCAGCAGCCAGCGACCUUCGAGGAAACUACGGUGUGCCAGAUGGCGAGCCCUGAGAUGAAAGAGGUGUUCCGGCGGGCUUGUAGGAGGGACGAUGGGAUAGACUUCCUGGAUGACCAGAUCAGGAGAAGGUUGGAUUAUUAUUAG